GCAGUUGGCCCUUGGCUCUGAGCAAGUUGGAAGAAACUAGAAACAUGGACCUUCCAAAGGCCACUUCUUGGUUACUGAGUACCAGAAAGAUGGCCCUGUCCCCCCAGAGGCAGGGAAAUCUUUAACCCCCAGCUUCACCCUGGAGACUGCGGUUCAGCAUGUCUUCCCCUGAGGACAGGGAGACCACCCACAUCCCUGCGUGCCCAGGGACACCAAGCACCGAGCGCUGAUGGAAGGACUGACUGCCCCAGUCUGGCCCCAGACAGGCCCUCUGUCCUUCCCAUUUUGCAGAUGAGGAAACUCAGGCUGGCUCCAGGGUGGGGGUAGAGCCAAGUGAACUUGUACCCAGGGACUGACUGGCUCCAAAGCCCUCCUCGCCACACUAGGUGUCCUGUCCCCAAGCCAGCUCUGCACAGAGUGGCGCUCACAGAGUGCCCAGGAAGUGACCCGGAGGAGGUGGACCCUGUGGUUUUUCUGGCUCCUCUUCUAAAACAAGGGCCUCUGCUGGGGGAGGGGGACCGCGAACCCCUGGAAUUCUAAGGAAAUGUCAUGUGUGAGCUUGGUUUGGGGACCGUCAGGAGUUAAUCAUUGCCACCCAGGGCAGGGGGCCACUCAGCCCUGUCCUGAGAAAGGUGAGGGGCUGGUCUCUUCAGGGAGAGGUGUGAAAGUCACAGAGCCCUGUCACCUGCCACGUGAGGAGCCCGCCCUGGUGGACAGUCCCUCCUGUGUGACCUUGGGAUGGUCCCUCAGCUGUCUGACCUCCCUUCCUACUAAUACACGGAACAGUGUCCUGUGAGAAGCCUGGCCGUCAGGCUCAGGGCUGCCCAUUGUUCUUGUUAUGUGUUUAUAGUGGAGAAGGUGACAAGACAAUCUGUCAUUUCCUGUCCUUCCUCUGGCCUCUUUGCGUGCAGGAUGGUGGGGACCUGAAAGGCCGGGGGACCCUUCCUUCCCACCUUUCUGGCGUGUCCCAGAGAAAAUCCCAAAGGCCAUCAUGGCCCAUCUGGCUCCUUCUGUGAAACCAGGGUGGGAGGUGUGGAAAGGGAGUUCUCCAGGGAAUGAAUGGCCCCUUGAGAAGAGGAUAGGUCCCCGGGAUGGACACUGGCUAUUGAGAACAUGCCUGGAAUUCCACAGGAAAUGCAGACACCUUCCUCUGGGAAGGACCUCAGAGGCUCCUCGGGCCUGACCCGGUGCUAGCCAGUCUUCCCUGAGAGUCGGGCCAGCGGGGCUGGGCCCUGGAGCACCCAGGUACCCAGACCCCAGCCUAGCUGUACCCCAGAAGGUACAAAUGGAGAAAGAGCCGUCCCUCCCUGAGCCUAGGAUGAGCGGAUGAGCGUGCGAGUGUGCGGCCGAGCGCUGCCCGCGGGUCUGGGGCCAGCAUGGCAGAUCCCAGCGACAGCCCCCGCGCAGGGCCUGGGGACCCGGCCGAGCCCCCCGGGGAGGAGAGCGGCACCUCCGGGGGCGAGGCCUUCCCCCUGUCCUCGCUGGCCAACCUGUUCGAGGGGGAGGACGGCUCCCCCUCCCCGUCGCCUGCCGACACUGCUCGCCCCGCGGGCCCCGGGGACGGGCGACCGAACCUGCGCAUGAAGUUCCAGGGCGCCUUCCGCAAGGGCGUGCCCAACCCCAUCGACCUGCUGGAGUCCACGCUGUACGAGGCCUCGGUGGUCCCCGGGCCCAAGAAGGCGCCCAUGGACUCGCUCUUCGACUACGGCACCUAUCGUCACCACCCCAGUGACAACAGGCGGUGGAGGAGGAAGGUCGUGGAGAAGCAGCCGCAGAGCCCCAAAGCUCCUGCCCCCCAGCCGCCCCCGAUCCUUAAAGUCUUCAACCGGCCCAUCCUCUUCGACAUCGUGUCCCGGGGCUCCACCGCGGAUCUGGACGGGCUGCUCCCCUUCCUGCUGACCCACAAGAAGCGCCUGACGGAUGAGGAGUUCCGGGAGCCGUCCACGGGGAAGACGUGCCUGCCCAAGGCCCUGCUGAACCUCAGCAGUGGCCGCAACGACACGAUCCCGGUGCUCCUGGACAUCGCCGAGCGCACGGGCAACAUGCGGGAGUUCAUCAACUCGCCCUUCAGGGACAUCUACUACCGAGGCCAGACCGCCCUGCACAUUGCCAUCGAGCGUCGCUGCAAACACUAUGUGGAGCUCCUCGUUGCCCAGGGAGCCGAUGUGCAUGCGCAGGCCCGAGGCCGCUUCUUCCAGCCCAAGGACGAGGGCGGCUACUUCUAUUUCGGGGAGCUGCCCCUGUCCCUGGCUGCCUGCACCAACCAGCCUCACAUCGUCAACUACCUGACCGAGAACCCGCACAAGAAGGCCGACAUGCGGCGGCAGGACUCGCGGGGCAACACCGUGCUGCACGCGCUCGUGGCCAUCGCUGACAACACCCGCGAGAACACCAAGUUUGUCACCAAGAUGUACGACCUGCUGCUGCUCAAGUGUGCCCGCCUCUUCCCUGACAGCAACCUGGAGGCCGUGCUCAACAACGAUGGCCUGUCGCCCCUCAUGAUGGCUGCCAAGACGGGCAAGAUUGGGAUCUUUCAGCACAUCAUCCGGAGAGAGGUGACAGACGAGGACACGCGGCACCUGUCCCGCAAGUUCAAGGACUGGGCCUACGGGCCCGUGUAUUCCUCGCUGUACGACCUCUCUUCCCUGGACACGUGUGGAGAGGAGGCCUCCGUGCUGGAGAUCCUGGUGUACAACAGCAAGAUCGAGAACCGCCAUGAGAUGCUGGCCGUGGAACCCAUCAAUGAACUGCUGCGGGACAAGUGGCGCAAAUUCGGGGCUGUCUCCUUCUACAUCAACGUGGUCUCCUACCUGUGUGCCAUGGUCAUCUUUACCCUCACUGCCUACUACCAGCCACUAGAGGGCACUCCACCCUACCCUUACCGCACCACCAUGGACUACCUGAGACUGGCAGGAGAGGUCAUCACACUCUUCACCGGGGUCCUGUUCUUCUUCACCAACAUCAAAGACUUGUUCAUGAAGAAAUGUCCUGGCGUGAAUUCUCUCUUCAUCGAUGGCUCCUUCCAGCUGCUCUACUUCAUCUACUCUGUGCUGGUGAUCGUGUCCGCAGCCCUCUACCUGGCGGGGAUCGAGGCCUACCUGGCUGUGAUGGUCUUUGCCCUGGUCCUGGGCUGGAUGAAUGCCCUGUACUUCACCCGGGGGCUGAAGCUGACGGGGACCUACAGCAUCAUGAUCCAGAAGAUCCUCUUCAAAGACCUGUUCCGCUUCCUGCUGGUCUACUUGCUCUUCAUGAUCGGCUACGCUUCAGCUCUGGUCUCCCUCCUGAACCCGUGUGCCAACAUGAAGGUGUGCGACGAGGACCAGACCAACUGCACGGUGCCCACGUACCCGUCGUGCCGCGACAGCGAGACCUUCAGCACCUUCCUCCUGGACCUCUUCAAGCUGACCAUCGGCAUGGGCGACCUGGAGAUGCUGAGCAGCACCAAGUACCCCGUGGUCUUCAUCAUCCUGCUCGUCACCUACAUCAUCCUCACCUUCGUGCUGCUGCUGAACAUGCUUAUCGCCCUCAUGGGGGAGACGGUGGGCCAGGUCUCCAAGGAGAGCAAGCACAUCUGGAAGCUGCAGUGGGCCACCACCAUCCUGGACAUCGAGCGCUCCUUCCCCGUGUUCCUGAGGAAAGCCUUCCGCUCCGGGGAGAUGGUGACCGUGGGCAAGAGCUCGGAUGGCACUCCGGACCGCAGGUGGUGCUUCAGGGUGGACGAGGUGAACUGGUCUCAUUGGAACCAGAACUUGGGCAUCAUCAAUGAGGAUCCAGGCAAGAGCGAGACCUACCAGUACUACGGCUUCUCGCACACCGUGGGCCGCCUCCGGAGGGAUCGCUGGUCCUCGGUGGUGCCCCGCGUGGUGGAGCUGAACAAGAAUUCCAGCCCGGAUGAGGUGGUGGUGCCUCUGGACAACCUGGGGAACCCCAGCUGCGACAGCCACCAGCAGAGUUAUCCCCCCAAGUGGAGGACUGACGAUGCCCCCCUCUAGGGGCCGCGGGCGGGGUUGGGGUCUCCCGCCUGCAGCCCGAUCCCGCCCUUCACCUGCCUUGUCCACCUGCAUUUCAGCUCCUCCCAGGUGUCCCCACACCCUCCCGUGACUCCUAGAGGCGAGGGCUGAUGGAGAUGCCGGGAGGCCCCAGGACCCUCUGGUCCCCAGGCUCCUGCCCCGGCUCCACCUGCCCCUGGGGACGGGCUCCUGGCCGCCUGUCUCACUCCCAUGGAGUCACCUCCACCCAGAGGGGCAGACCUGUUCCCCUCUCCAUUAUUUAUUGCUGUCCUCUCAGGAAAGCCAUGUGCCACCCCACCCCCAACCCUGUCCUGCAGGCGGAACCCUGAGGCCUCAGCACCUGGCUGCGGGUGCACUGCCGGCCACGCCCACCGGCCACGCCCCCAGCCCCACCCUCCACGCACCAGCACCUACCGCGGGGGUCGGGCCCUGGAGUGGGGCGAGCCCUCGGUGUGUUCUAGGGUCUGGGAUUUGUCGGUGCUCAAUAAACGUCCACUCACUGA